AAAAAAAAAAAAAAAAAUUCAGAGAUAACCCAAAACCUUGGCCUCCAUUUAUUUACCCACUCAGGCUCAAUCUGUAAAUUAGCCUUUUGAAACUGUUUCAUCCAUGGCCAGCAAAUUAGCCUUCACCCUAGUAGCAGCUCCUACUACUCGUAAUUCCUACAAUCCUUCUAUUCAGAGACCCUUUGUUUCAGUUUCGUCUUCCUCUACUAGGGUGCAGUCGUUUCAGUUCAGCGGGCGGCAGCUCUGCGUACGACGUCGUUUGCUGCAGGUGUUUCCCUCUAAGGCUGCCGCUGACCAACAGCAAGGAAAUGAGGACGUUGUUGAUACUAAGAUCCUGCCAUAUUGUAGCAUAGACAAGAAAGGGAAGAAGUCAUUGGGAGAACUUGAACAAGACUUUCUUCAAGCUCUACAAUCAUUUUAUUAUGAUGGAAAAGCUAUUAUGUCAAAUGAGGAAUUUGAUAAUCUCAAGGAAGAGCUAAUGUGGGAAGGCAGCAGUGUUGUCAUGCUAAGUUCUGAUGAACAAAAGUUUCUGGAAGCUUCAAUGGCCUACGUCUCUGGGAAACCAAUUUUGAGCGACCAAGAGUAUGAUGAUUUGAAGAUAAGACUAAAGUCACAAGGGAGUGAUAUUGUCGUCCUGGGUCCCAGAUGCAGUCUCCGUACUAGAAAGGUUUACAGUGACCUGAGUGUUGACUAUUUGAAGAUGCUCCUGCUGAAUGUCCCAGCAACCAUUGUUGCCUUAGGAGCGUUUUUCUUCUUGGAUGAUCUGACUGGUUUCGAAAUUACAUAUCUUUUGGAGCUCCCAGAACCGUUCAGCUUCAUUUUCACAUGGUUUGCUGCCGUGCCAGUCAUAGUUUAUCUAGCUACACAACUCACCAAACUUAUUGUGAAGGAUGUCUUGAUCUUAAAGGGCCCUUGUCCAAACUGUGGUACAGAGAAUCAGUCAUUCUUUGGGUCGAUACUAUCAAUUUCGAAUGGUGGUUCUACCAACAACCUUAAGUGCUCAAACUGUGGAACUCCGUUGGUAUAUGAUAAGACUACGCGCUUGAUUACCUUGCCAGAAGGAAGCAAUGCUUAGAUUAUAACUAAAACUUGGGAGUGUGUAAUGAUGCCCCAACUCAAUUAUGUAGCAUUAAGUAAUUCAUAAUCAGCACUUGUAUCGUGCUAGUGUUUUCUUGUGCUGAAGAAUAAACUCGACAGUUGCUUUGGUAAAAGAUCCAGAAGUUGAUUGUGAAUACCUUGACAGUUGAUUGUGAAUAUGAAUACACAGGAAGAGAGUAUCAUGACCGGA